AUGCCUGAACCGCCAAAGAAAGUCCAAGGAGUGGUAAAUAAAAGCUUCAACACGAUUCCUUGUGGAGAUAUUAGUGUCAAGGACCUGAAGGAUAUCUAUUCAUGUCUUUUGUACUGCCUGGACCUGAAAGCUGAGCGCGAAAAAGACCAUAAAUUGCUCAAGCUGGCUUUCAAAACGAACCACCCGUACUCGUUCAGCUUGGAAAAAGGCCUGGCCACGAUGCAAAAGUUGAGGAUCCACCUCGAAAACACAGCCACAUGCAUCAACAUUUCCUAUGAGGUCAAGGCAAAGACGGCGAGAGAUCUGCUCCAGCUGUUCAUGAACGCUAGGCUACUGCACGCACCUGAGGACAAGACUCGGUCAAAACUGAAGUCCGGUAUGCUGCUCCAGCCGACACCCAAGGGCGUUGCUAUCUUAAGCUCGUUCUGCUCGAAAUAUGGUAUCCGAGGGCACAACCAUGUUCCCCAAAUCCUUAAAAGUAACCUGAACUCCAUGGAACUGAUCUCCUUCGAACGCAACUCCAGAACAGGCGCAAUCGUGCACAGCGAAUACUGGAAUAAGGUGCUAUUCGUGCAUUUGAUGGGACCGACCAAAAAUUUCUGGUCACCCAACAUGCCGCCCGACGAGCUGCCCGAUUUAUCAAGGAGCUACACUGAGGAGACUUUUGGGGCUGCAAAUGGGUUUGGCUCCUUUGAAAUGGCGUCUCAGGAUUCGUUCUACGCGUUUCUGAACGAAAAAAGAGCCUCUGCCCAGCCAAUAGAGCUAGAGCAACCGGUCGAAAAAAUUGAAAAAGACCCAGUUUCGCCAUUCCAUCACAGGUUCUUCACCAAUCCCGACUCAGAUUCACACGUUCAAUACUAUGUGUCUUCGAAGGGUGUCCGUCUUUUCCACAAUAAAGUAGUCGAGAAGCCAGAUGGUAGCAAAGAAAAUAUGGGGACCUGUUUUACGGGUAAAGCGCUGGUGCAGUGGCUGUUGGAUUGCACUGACGUAUUUUCUCACGACGAGGCUGUUAGAGUAGCUGGACUGCUCUGGAACUUGGGGUUGUUUUACUUGUUGAAUGGUGAGGACUUCCCUAAUGCUUCCAAAUUCAUCCCUCGCAGAAACGCUUAUUAUUUUCUGACCAAGGAGGGCACAAGGCUAGUUCCUUGGACACUACCGGACAAAAACCUGACUCAGUUAGAUAAAGAGUCGGAGACAUGGGGUGUGGUACAACAAUCACCGACGUUGCAGAUCUCUUUGAAAGACGUGCUAGAGGAUCCUGGAAUGAAAUACCAGUUUCGCACGCAUCUGGUUGACGAAUUCUCUGUAGAAAAUUUGGAGGUGUACAAUGACAUCCAGCUGCUGGAAAAAAAGUUCAAGACACUCAAGAAGUUGCUAAAGCUAAAGGAACGGGAGAAAAUGUUCCUUUUGCUGACACCUCUGCGUGCAAAACGCAAGGCUACCAUUUCCGCAGCUGUCAUCAAGCUGUCCACCGACUGUCUCAGCGACGCAUUUAACAUCUACACCGCCUAUCUGGCACAGGGAGCCCCAUUUGAAUUGAAUAUCAACUCUAGACUUCGAACAGAUAUCAGUCGCAAAAUGGUAAUGUCAGAGCAGCAUGCUCCCAAAGAGGUGAAAUUAAAUGCAGAGAUCCAAGCUCCAACUCCGCUACCCAAGACGGACCUCCCUGCCAACAAAAAGGACCCGUCUCAGCUCACCUUGGACCUGCAAAGCAUCAAACUGGUGGACCCUCCAGCGCCGUCGCCAACAGAUAACUCAAUUGCCCCCAUUUUGGAGUCACUGGCAGGAAUCAUGCCGCUUUACGAGGAGGUAAAGAGCCAUGUUUUUGAACUAAUGGCAAAAGACUCGCUGCCUAAGUUUCUAGAAUCCGACAUUCUCAAAGAACUCCCUGUAUCGAUCACCAAACAAACGAAAUGA